UACACGCAGAAAGCAUUUUUGUGGAACCGUCGGGAGGGUUUAACAGAAAAAAAAAAACCUCGUCUCGGGCGGAGUAUGCAUGAUGCGUAGCGGUGCAGCAGCCCUCUGCCCGGGCAGCCCGGCGGUGAGGCGCAGUUCGGGCACCAUCACCGGCGGAGCGAUACCACCAUCUCCUCUCAGCCCCGGUUCGUGACACGGAGAGUGUGUGGCUCACUGUACCUGAGCGAACGUGUCCGUCAUUUACUGUCGGAAAAGGGGGGCAGAGGAUCAAAACUGGACCAAGGAAGCUGUAUCUAAUGCUCUAAAAUGCAGUGCCACAUCGCUCUCGCAUCACGAAUGAUCUCCCCGGGCUUGCUGCUGCGGUUGUUUUGCAACUGAUGAAGAUUUUUUUUUAAUUUUUUGUAUUAUUUUGACGCGCUUCUGUGGAUGAAUAUGUUUAUUCUGCUGCUGUGGUGUAGUGUGUGAGUCGUCAUCGGCACUGGCGAGCAGGAGCUGUUGUCGGGGAUCGUUGACAUGCAUUCACCCUGAGCUCGGUGACGCCUCCCUCAGUGGUGUGGUGGCAGGAUGCCAGUGCAGGCGGCCCAGUGGACAGAGUUCCUGUCCUGUCCCAUCUGCUACAAUGAGUUUGACAGCAGCAGCCACCAGCCCAUCAGCCUGGGCUGCUCCCACACGGUGUGUAAGACCUGCCUACACAAACUGCACCGCAAGGCCUGUCCUUUUGAUCAGACACCCAUCAGCACCGAUAUCGACCUGCUGCCAGUCAACUGUGCCCUGCUACAGCUGGUUGGAGCUCAGGUCCCAGAUGUGCAGCCGGUGAGCCUGAGCAGCGCAGCAGAGGUUGAGAACUAUGAGGUCUGCAAGGUGUGCGUGGAAGAGCUGGCUCUCUACCUAAAACCUAUCAGCGGUGCGAAAGGUGUGGCGACUCUGAGUCCGAGCGUGCUUAGUCGGCCAAUGCAGAGGAAGCUGGUGACGCUGGUGAACUGCCAGCUGGUGGAGGAGGAGGGCCGCGUGCGGGCGGUGCGGGCAGGCCGUUCGCUGGGGGAACGAACCGUAACUGAGCUCAUCCUGCAGCACCAGAACCCCCAGCAGCUCUCUGCCAACCUCUGGGCAGCGGUGAGGGCGCGGGGCUGCCAGUUCCUGGGACCUGCUAUGCAAGAAGAUGCACUGAAGCUAGUCUUACUGGCUCUGGAGGACGGCUCAGCUUUGUCCAGGAAGGUUUUGGUUUUGUUUGUUGUGCAAAAGCUGGAGGCUCGAUUCCCCCAGGCCUCCAAAACCAGCAUAGGCCACGUGGUGCAGCUUCUCUACAGGGCCUCCUGCUUCAAGGUGACCAAGCGUGAUGAGGACUCCUCUCUGAUGCAGCUGAAGGAAGAGUUUCGGACGUACGAGGCUCUGAGGAGAGAACACGACGCUCAGAUCGUCCACAUCGCCAUGGAGGCGGGCCUACGAAUUUCACCUGAGCAGUGGUCUUCUCUGCUGUACGGAGACCUGGUCCACAAGUCACAUAUGCAGUCCAUUAUUGACAAGUUGCAGUCUCCAGAGUCGUUUGCAAAGAGCGUCCAGGAGCUGACAAUUGUUCUGCAGAGGACAGGAGACCCUGCCAACCUCACAAGCCUUAGACCACACCUCGAGCUACUAGCCAACAUAGACCACAACCCAGAUGCCCCGGCACCAUCAUGGGAGGAGCUGGAAAGUGUGAUGCUGGCUGUGAAGUUGGUGGUUCACGGACUUGUGGAAUUCAUUCAGAACUUCAGCAAGAAGAGCCACGACGCUCCACAGCCUCAGGCCAACAGCAAGUACAAGACCAGCAUGUGUCGAGACCUUCGUCAGCAGGGAGGCUGUCCCCGGGGAACCAACUGUACAUUUGCACACACACAGGAUGAGCUGGAGAAAUUUAGACUGAGGAACAAGAAGAGCAGCAGUGUGGGCCGUGCGUUCCCUUUAGCACCGGGGGUUAUGGGUAAAACCUUCACCAUGGAGGGAAGCAUCCACUCAGAUGUAUCUGCAGGAGUCAAAGGCACAGGAGAGAACACAGCCGCCCUGACGGAGGGAGUGCCCGGCCUGACUCACCCGCAACUGAUCUCCAGAGGGUCUGACAUGAUGGAUGAGAUGAAGAGAGCGGUGCCAAAUGGAUCCAAUGGGGCUAACGGGUCCAACGGGCUCUCUGGCACCAGCAGAAACACAUCGGGGUCAACUGAACAGAAGCCCAUAUCUCCUCCCAGAACUCCAGUCAGCCACUCCUCAGCAUCGUCUCCCUUGACAACAGUUGGACGGGGUGACGGUGGCGCUCCUAUGCCCAAACAUGGUCAGUUUGUGCUGCGUGCACCACAUCCUUCUCAGGCGUCAGAGCUGUACUAUCAGGAGCCCCACUCUGCAUAUGAAACAGCCCAUUAUCAACCAACCUGUUCCUACUACCCAUCUACCCUUCAUCCCCCUCACAAACCCUGCAUGGCUCGGUUCCUUCGAUCCUCCAAUGUCCCAGAAUCCUCCCUGCCACCCUCGAUUGGCCCUCCACCAUCUUCCUACCCCAGUGACUCUCAAACACAACACCCACCUUCCUCCUCUUCGUCAGGGUACCCGCCUAGAGAUCGGAUGGGACCUCCUGCCUUCCAUCCCCACCCAGGGCAGCCUCAGUAUGGGCCUCUGGCUUCUGCUCAUGGUGUUUAUGCUCCGCUCUAUGACAGCAGGAGAGUAUGGAGGCCUCAGCUGUAUCACAGAGAGGAUGCCAGGAGUAACUCACUGCCUCCAGAGGUGCUGCAUUCCUCUGUCUACCAGCCUCCACUCAGGGAGAGAUUCAACUCUCUAGAUAGCAACUACUGCUCUGGAGCUGAACACCGUGCAGGGCUACACAGGGAUUAUGGCCGUGUUCCUCUGGGCUACGAGGAUCUGUUCAGACGGAAGCAGGAGCAGUGGGCUCAUCAUCACCACCAUCACAAUACCAACAGGCCCUCCCAAUCCUCCCCCAUCUUCACCAUCGAUUUUGGAAGUGAGCACGUGGAGAGCGGUGGAGGCCAGUGUGUGGGGUGCAGGUUCAGAGGCGAGGAAAGUUUAGCGCACUACUCUCCGUGGUCCUGUGGUACCAUCGGCCCCUGCCUCAGCCCCUUUGAGCCCGAAACGCUCACACACACCUCAGCUCACUCCUGCUCAGAGCACUCGGAGUUGGACAGCAACGGAGGUGGAGGCGGUGGCGUUAGCAGUGGCGGUGUCGGGAAACGAUGGCUGCAUUCGUUAGAUCCCUACCGCCGCUUGAAAGACGAGGACCCGAUCAUUCCCUUUAGUGAGGGGCCCAUUAUAUCCAAGUGGGGUGCCAUAUCCAGGGCAUCUCGCACGGGCUACCACACCACCGACCCUGUCCAAGCCACGGCCUGCCAGGGCAGCGCCAGCACCACACCCAUCAACUUUAAAGAUUACAACCCCCACCUUGAUCACAGCGACUACAGGUGGAGCUCCAGAGGAUCAGACUCUUCAAGCCACUCCAGUUUCCUAGAGAGUGAGCAGCUUUGUGCGUCAGAGCUUCACGGCCGUCGAACUUCAAUAAGCAGCGGAGAGAAAAUUGUGUCUGAUCUGCAAGCCCGUCAGACCGCCUACAGCCAGAAUCGGGGCCGGGCUGAGAGUGAGCCGGACCCGGAUCGAGAUAUUGAGCUUGAACUGUGUGUCCUUGACAUGGAGGAUUCAGACCACCAGGAGAUCAAGUCUCAGGAGUCUUUAGACCUGGCCACCCCACAGUCUCAGGAUUCUUCCCACCUCCUUCCACCUCCCUGCUCCUCUCCCCUCCUCUCCUCUCCUGUGGAGGAGCACCCCCAAACAGAGGGUCCUUCGACAGACAAGAUGGAUACUCACCUGCUGAAAAAGAUGGCCUUCAGGAAGUCUCUGUCUCCUGGAGGGUUGGUCUCAGGAGGUCUGGGCGUCGGCAAGCUGAUGCUGAGGACCGGACCCCCUCGACUGGGGGAUGCCUCCACCCGGGCUUGUCCUGAGACGACUGUGACAGAGAUGCUGCUCAAUGGAAGCUAAGGGGACACAAAGUCAGACACUGACCUGCACCAAGCUAGAGCUGAAUCGCUUCCCUACAGCCACAUCCUGGUUAAAGGGAAUAUCAUUUAAAUUCAGCCUUCAUAUAUGUCGAUCAUAUGCCUAAAUAAAACUUGACAGUCUGUGCUGCGCCACAUCUUAAGGAGCAAGAGAAAACACACUGUCCUGCCUCCUAAGUGGAGAUUUUUCACCAAUGUACAGCUCCACAGAGAAUUUAGUGAUAUCACUGUUUAUGCCUCGUAAGGUACAUGGUCAGUUUGCACUUACAGUAGAUGCUGAACUUGUCCAUGUUUGCAGUCUCAGCUUUGGUCACAUUUAGGAGAAAGGCUUUAGAUCUAACAACAUCUUCAUCACAUGAUUUCACAUAACAUUGUACGCCUUAUGUUUGCACGUCGUCUACUAUGUUGUCAUUCAACAUGGCUGACAAAGACAGACUUGUGUUUGAUGGGCCUCUCUCGUGUCAUUUAAAAUCUGAGAGACAACAGCAGCCUAUACAGUAGGCAGCAAUACAGUACAAUGAGUCUUGCCACUUUUUACAUUUACUUACAUUUUGUGUCAAUCUUUUCCUUCACUUUUUCCUCCGUUCCUCACUUUUUGAAUCUUUUAGCCCCCUUAUGAAUAUCUGACAGUUAAUUUUCAUGGUUUGCUAUCUCUUCACAUGUUAAUGCAUUUGCUUCCAUAAGCAUCCUCACACGGCAAAGCCUUCAUCUGGUUUGAUGCUGCUGGUGUAGUUUAUAGCCUUUGCUGUAUUGCUGCAUAACACAUUUUCACAAGUAUUCCUUGAAAAAGCAAGAGAUAGACCUUAUAAUACUGAGAACAAAAACGGGCACUCCGAUCCUCCAAUAAAAUAGGCAACUGCAGAAAACAGAGGCCUUCACUAUGCUGAUCCUCAAACAAGCCUCUGUCUUUUAUUAGUCAUGGGACCUUUUAAAUGUUAACCUCGACUGUCAUGAGAUCACAGAACACAACAAAAUACGUCAUAAAUAGAAUUUGUAAAUGAUCGUCGAUCACUGGAGAUCAAGACAUUAAUACAAAGAUGUGUGUACACUUUCUUUUAAUCCACACUAUACUACCUUUAACCUUUGUUUUAUUAUGUGACUCAUACUGCAACAAAAGAAUACAAAGCACUUCUUUUGGGAACAGAAAUUUGUAUUUUCAGCUGCAGAUGGAACUAAUUUAGUUAAUUUCUAUUCAAGCCACAGUGACUCACCGUCAACUCAAACUAUUGUUUCAUCUUUGUGUGCCCGUUGUGGCUCCGGCAUUUAAUCCUGCUAGUCUUACUGCUCUCACACUCACACACACACAGUACAUGUGUGCACACUUCACACACAGUAGACACAAACAUGCAAUACAGUGGCCUUUCUCUCCUUGGUGUUAUAUAAACCUGAACAUUGGGCUCUAUGAUGACUUUUGUCCAAGCCCACUGCCAGUCUCCCGUCCUGUUUCAGAGGUGAUAUCUUUCACAUUAAUGUGGUCUCAGUGCUUUCCAGUCCACUCGCCUUUGUGUACAAUGUAAACAAUAUUCAGAAGUUGCGCAUGGUGUUUUCAAGCUGAAGCCUACAAAAGUGAGGGACACCAUUUCUUGUGUUUCUUCAUGCUAUAUCUUUGUUUAACUUUUUGAAAUGUUUUGUUUCCUUUUAUUUUAUGCAUUGCUAACUUCUGUGAAGUUGUUUGUUGGGGUAUUUUGUAUCAGGAUCUUUGUUACUAUUGUUUUGUUGGCUAUAUUUCACAUCACAGAGACAAAACUGAUUGUCUUGUCUAGUGUUCCUCUGUUUUUGCUGGCCAUCAGUACGCUGUCUAGUUCACUGUCGUUUUGUGCAGUAUGGGUGACUUCCUUACAGCCCAGCCUUGCCUCACUCCCUUUUAUAGAUAUGAGGCAUCUUGUCAUGUGUGGCUAAUGACAUAGAAAAAAAAAACAUUAACCCAUUUUAGAUAUACAGGAUUUGAAGUCAUGAAGACUCUGAGUUUGUUUACACCUAUUCUAAAUCUUAUGAGAUUUGUGUAGCGUGAGAAGACUUAUCUUUGAAACUUCCUCUUUAAUUUCCUCUCACCUAAGCUACUGUACCUUUUCAGCAGCGACGUCUUUCCUCUCAGAUUAUACAUUAAAUCCCAUUUUAGAGGAUGGCAGAAUGGCUGUACAAGUGAGGAUUGCUUAUUUAGUUUCGACUUGAAGCUUGAAUAGGUAAAUAGGUGACUGGUAACCUUUUGGGGGGGUUUUCUCCCAGUCUUCCACCAAACAUAUGCUUGGAGAAGCGGGUAGACAAAAUGAUGAAUUUGACUGAACAAUUCAGUGUGACUUGUGAUAAUACUUUUUUGAAAACUCCAAUGUUUUAUGGGGUUCAUUUCUGAGAUGAAAAGGCAAGAGCUGGCGCAGGGAUUUAGCUUUGUUAUGAAAUGAGCUCAGCUACCUACUGUCGCUCUGCAUCUGUUUACAACUUCACCUUUGAAGUCAUGUAACGUUAAGUGCCAUGUUGUGUACAGUACAGUACAAUCAAUCCCUGCAAUUUUCCUAUAGCUUUUCAUAUUCCUCUACUGUAAACUCUGUGAGGAGGGAAAGGCUCGGUCAGGUGUGAGGAGUGAGAUCACUUCUCUUGUAGUCCUGCUUUGUUCCAUUAGAGGAGGCUAGAUCCUUGUCUGUCUUGAAUUGCUCAGGGAAGACUUCAGUUGCUCAACUACUUUGGCUUUUUCUAUAUUCAUCACUUAAAUAUUCUGUGGAAGUAUUUACCUGAAUUUUACUUGCUGAUAACUGGCCCUUUCACCCGAAGCAUAAAUGGGUUACGCUGAUUAUAUUGUUUGCAAGUGUUUACUUUGCCCGUGUUUUCUUUUGCCUCUCAGUAUCAAUAUUGGCUUUGCUAUCCCUGUUCUCAUGGGAAAGGGCUGGGCACUACUGUAUGUAAAAACAGUAUUGUGAGUAUUGAACUAAUGUCAAAGUGAUACUCCCCUGUUUCCUUUAAAGUGUCCAUAGAGCACUGCUGUAGUGGCUAAUUGCACUGCACUAAUUCCCACCCCAUCACUGCCAGCGGGUGCCACCCCGUGCCCCCUCACCCCACCCCGCCCCGGCUCUUCCUUUACCCCACCACCCCAUCCUCCCUGCAUCCUGCGUCAUGCAUGCAAUAUAGUCCCUCUUGUGAUGGCGGAGGAGUAUUGAUGAUUCUGUAGUUGUGAUACAACACACCCAGCGCUGUAAGAGUUCUGCACAUGCCCACUGUGUGGCCACGUCAAGUGCUGAAGUUUGCUUGCAGCAUUUUACUCGUUUGCUCAUGAAAAUGAAUUCUUGUUUAAUAGAGAUUAUAUUAUUAUUAUGACUAUUAUUGUUAUUACCACAUUUGGUUGCUGUUGUGGUAUUUCUCCUUCUUGGUAUAUAGGUCUGCUUCUUUGUUUUGAAUUUGAGAAUUUGCUGAAACUGUUGAAAUUUUUUAUUAGACAAAAAUGUGUCUCAUUAUUCUAUAUUAUAUGGGGAAAAGCUUGUUUGUUGACUGUGAAACAUAUGAUGAACUGAUGUUUUCUGACUAUUCAUGUCUGUAUUAGACAUUUUAUUUGCGAAUCUAUUGUUCGAUUGAAAUGUAAAUGAACUAUUAAGAGAUGGUACACAUCCGUCAUUGUAUACAGUCUGGCACCAUCAUUAGAUGGACUUAUAGUAUAGACGCUCAUUUAUACAACCUGUGAUAAUCAGAUAUAUUUAAAUGUUUAAAUCAUUGGGGCAGCCGUGUAAUGUUUCAGAAUGAGGAAAAUCCUUAAAGAGACAGCAUAUCUAAAAUGUCCCCAUAAUGAAUAAUACUGUUACGUAUUCCAUUUAUUUCCUUGGAAAUAUCACAUUGUGAAAGGUUUCCCUUUUACUUACUGUAAGGUAAUGCAGGACUGGAGUAAUUCUAACCUAUGGUGAUACUCAUUUAUGUGCUAUAAUGAUUAAUGAAACUAUAUUGUUUGACUGACUGAUUGAUUCUUCUGUGCAUUUUCUGACUCGUUCAUCUGUAUUACACUGACUUACAGACAGCUUGGCCGAGCAGCAUACUGCUUCUGUGUUGCACUGAGAUGAAAUUAUAAAAAGGAAGAGUUCAGCACAUGAAAUUGCAUGCUACAAUAAACAAACAACAAAUAAUG